UAAGCCUUACAGUUCAAAAUGAAAUAGUUUUAUUUAUUAUUUACCUUUAGUCGUCUGGCAAAAUAAAAACAAGUAAUAAAUAGAAGCAGAAAUACUAUAAACGCAUAAAAAUGUCUAAUACAAUUGCACUCUUACAGUUUGUGGCGUUUUUGGAUUUACUGGGAGUAGGCCUAAUAGUGCCACUAAUUCCUAAUAAUGUACGUCAAAUGGGUGGUAAUCAUAUUCAAAUUGGGCUUCUUGGUUCUCUCUAUGCAGGUUUCCAGUUAGGAUCUGGCCCACUAAUUGGUAACCUUAGUGAUUUACGAGGUCGUAAACAAAUAUUAAUAUUAACACUUAUAGUAUGCAGUCUUGCUUAUAUGAUACUUGGUCUAACAAGUUCAGUAGCAGUUAUUCUACUAUUAAGGGCAGUUUUAGGUUUAUUUAAACAAACACAAUUAUUAACUAAAGCCCUAGUACCUGAUUAUGAAAAAGAUGAAAAAAAGCAGUCUAAAAUUUACGGAAAAAUGGCUGCUAUAUCUGGAAUUGGUAUAACAUUAGGACCUAUUAUUGGUGGGCACAUAGCUGAAGAUUAUCCAAGUCAUGGUUUCAGUUUUAUUGGAAUUGCUGUGAGCAUAGUUUUUAUAAUAAAUGCUGGUCUUGUAACGCUGCUUCCAAAUGUAACUAUACCUGUAAAAAAGAAAUCUGAUAUCAAAGGUUCUCAACAUAAUAUUUUCCUUAUGCCGUUAAAUUGUGUCAAACAAUCUUUUGUAGAAUUAUCAAAAGUUAAAUGGUCAAAAUACUGGACGAUUUUUAUGUUUCAAGCUACAAGUAGUUUUGCAAUGGGAGUCUAUUACUCUAGUUACUCUUUAUACUUAAAAACACAGUUUGGCCUUACCCCUAAACACGUAGGUUAUGUAGUUUCAGUACAAGGUGUGAUUGGUACAGUAUCAAGCUUCCUAAUAGGCUACAUAAACAGUUUUUAUUCUCAUGAUAAUAACUAUAGCAUAAGAAACCAUCAUGUUUUUCUUCUGAAAACUCUAUCUCUCUUAGGUAUUUGUCUGUCAUUUAAUAUUAUAAUGUAUGCUAUUUUAUUAAUUCCAUUAUCAAUAGGAAAUGCAGUAGGUAGACUUGUAACACUAGAAAUGAUUGUGAAAAGUAGUCACGAAGAUCACAGAGGAACUUUGAUAGGUGCCUCAAAUAGUGUUAGAUCUUUAUCAGGGGUGGUUGCACCAAUGCUAGCUGGUCUUGUUGGGGAGUACUGUGGUAUAGAGUAUGUUUUAUAUCCUUCAUUUUUGUCUACAUUAGUUGGACUAAUUAUAAGUUACCAGUACAAAAGACAUGUAAAGAUAGAGUAAAUAGAUUAUACUUAAUUUAUACAACAUUUAUGAAUAUUUAUGUUUUAUAUUUAUUAAAGUUUUUUUAAAAUGUUA